AUGAGCAUGCUGCGAAAGCCCUUAACAUGUCUGGAUGUGGGCUCAGAUGACUUGGAUGAUCUUGAGAAGGUCCUGGAUCGAUUGACUAGCGAGAAAAUGAUAAAUUCAAGUCUCGAGGGGAGUAUGGAUACUAUGUCCGAGCUGAACCCGAAAGAGACACCCGUUCUACGAGCCAAAACGACCAUGGUAACCAGCACGCCCGUUGCUUCGACAGACUUUGGAAGCGCACAGUCGACGAGCUUCCAAGCGACCCCGAUUGGGAACGCCUCCUCGAGCCAAGCACCAUUAGCCGCCAGCUCCUUCCGGACGCCUAAUAUGAACAUUCGCUCAUCGAACCCUGCCACCAAUACC